AUGACGAAGGGCAGGCGAGAAAAAGCACAUCAGGGUAUUCUUCAAGGCUGCAAUCAAAUGUGUGCAGGAUAUCUUUUCCAGCAAGACAAACAAUAUGACGUAUCCUAUGACACCGGAGAUAAGGCAAUACAGUGUGGUCGACAUGUGGACAUUUUCAAAUUCUGGUUGAUGUGGAAGGCAAAGGGUACAGUGGGAUUUGAAAAUCAGAUCAACAAAUGCCUGGAACUGGCAGAAUACCUCUAUACUAAAAUAAAAAACAGAGAAGAAUUUGAGAUGGUCUUUGAAGGAGAGCCGGAGCACACGAAUGUAUGUUUUUGGUAUAUUCCACCAAGUCUCAGAGGUAUGCCAGACUGCAAUGAGAGACGAGAAAAGCUGCACAAGGUGGCACCGAAAAUCAAAGCCCUGAUGAUGGAGUCAGGUACUACCAUGGUUGGAUAUCAGCCUCAGGGCGAUAAGGUCAACUUCUUCCGAAUGGUCAUCUCAAACCCAGCAGCAACUAAGUCGGACAUAGACUUCCUCAUUGAGGAAAUAGAGAGAUUGGGGCAGGAGCUGUAGUACAAUGGAUGAGUUAUUCAUUUCUCUAAUUCACUGUUUUCCAGUACUGGUUAUUUUUUUAACCCAGUUCUGCAGAACAUGUUUUAAGAAAAUUCUCUUUCUGUAAGUUUCAAUCUCCUAAGACAUCCUUAAGCAGCGGCAAAACCUUAUAGGCUACUGAAAUAUAUGUGUAUUGCUAGAUCACUGUGUUGAGGGAAAAUGUAUUAUCUUGGAGUUGAAGUACUGUUGACUCUUAGAUUGGUCUUGUUUUUUUGUCAGCAGGAAAUAAGUGUGAAAAUA